AUCAAAACUCCCAUCUAUUUCCAUUCUCAAAUUUACAAAAGCAUCCUCUACUUUAAAGUCACUCCAGCUAGCCUUUCAUGAUAUCUCUCGCCCCAUUUUUCUAUAGGAAUUGUUUGUUUGCUUUUUACCUUUUUCUGAUUUGAUGAGAAAGAUAAAGGUCUCCUUCCUUCAUCAUCCCGGGAUGGGACUGGGAGGAUCCCUAUAGAUCUCCCCAGUCAGAUUUAUAAGGAAAGCCAGUUCAACUUGGAUCUUUGUUAAGUUAUUACUGCUAUUUCAACAUUUCCAAAAGUUAGGUUUAUACAAGGGAACCAAAAGAAAUACAUGAAGACCCAUGAUCACAAUAUAAUAUAUUGGAGAUAUCUACAAAAAGUCAGUUAUUUUUUUUCUUACCCCCCCACCCACAUCAAGCCCUGACUCGUUUGGCUCUCCAUAAAACCCACAUUAUUAAGGCCACCUCAAACAUUUCGAGAUAUCCCUUCAGAAUCUGGGCAAAAGUUGCGACUUCGAAAGGUCCCAAUCAAGGGCAAGGCAAUCAUGGAGAACAGACACGGAUUAUUCAGGCAGACCAGUGGUUACUGGAGGUCCUUGAGAGACGGAGACUUUGAGGAAGGAGAUGUCUGGGCCAUUCUCAGAGAUACAACAGAUUCUACUCCCAUGGUUGCCAAAUCAAAUGAAAUUUCUGUUUCAGUACAUAGACCAGUUCCAUCUGCUACAAGAAUGAUACCAAGAGCUACAGGCAGCAGUAGCAGUAGCAAUAACUCCUCUCAUGAAGCCAAACUUGUUCAGCAAUCAGCGCCAGUUAACGUUCCCGACUGGUCACAGAUGUCCAGGAGAAAGUCAAAGAAGGCCGCCAAGAAUGAUUCAUGGCAUGAUUAUGAAGAUGAUGAUGAUGAUGAUGAUGAAGAAGCUUCGAAAGAUGCCGAAGACAGCGAUGAAGAUGAUAACGACAAUGAGCACAUUUGCAAGUUACCUCCACAUGAAUUAAUAGCUAGGAGGCUUGCAAAAAGUCAUAUUUCCUCUUUCUCUGUUUUUGAAGGUGUUGGGAGAACCCUCAAAGGGAGAGAUCUCAGCAAAGUGAGGAACGCUGUGUUAACAAAAACCGGCUUCCUUGAAUGAUUGUGAAGAUCGAGAGGGUGAUUUCCAUGAUCUCGAUUCCUCGUUCUAUAUAUUAUUAUCAUCAGUUUGUGAUUGUUGCUUAGUCUGUAAAGAUUGUUUUGAGAUUUAUGGGUCUUGCUUUAGCUUUGAUAAGCUUGUUUGUAUUAUAAUUAUUAAGGGCCACUUGAGGGACCAUAAAAUGUACAAAAAGAAGUACAAAACUCAGCCAAGAGAAACUGCUUUCAGGUA